CACAUGGCUCUGGUCAGGCUUGUGUCACAUGGUUGAUGUUUGCAGUCACUUCAGAGAGCUGGGCAAACGUCUGUUACACACAGUUACGAUGAAAGUGUUUCAGGCUUCAUUUGUGAAAUACUGAAAACUACAGAGGGACACUAAAUCGUAAAGGGGCAGUGAUACUAUGGAAAUACCAGCCAUAAAUCUCAAGGCCAUCGUGUUGGUUCACUGGUUACUGACAGUCUGGGCAUGUUUGAUCACCUGGCUUCCUACGUCUUAUGUGUUGGGGAACAUGAGUGCUCUUGCAGUGGGAGUGUGGGCCAUUGCACAGAGAGACUCCAUAGACGCUGUAUUAAUGUUCUUGAUUGGGUUGGCAGUGACCAUCCUGACUGAUAUUGUACAUUUUGGGCUGUACUACGCAGCGGGUGAAAUCCAGUAUAAAAGCGUGGCACUGGAAUUGUUCCGCUUUAGUGGGGGCAUGGCCAUCCUGAACCUGCUGCUCAAACCUGUUUCCUGCUUCUUUGUUUACCAGAUGUACCGUGAGAGGGGUGGCGAAUACAACGUCAACUUCGGUUUUCCAAGGAUAACUCGAAACAGAGAUGCCUACCAGUCCAUUGACCACCAGGACCAGUCUGGCAGCUCUGCCAGCUCCUACAACCAAGCAGAGGGUGGCAAACCUGGGCCACUUUCCUACUAAACAAAGACAAACCCAAGAUAUAACCAACCAUCUUUUUUUGCUGCCAAGGCCAUGUUUUAAAAAAAUAUAUAUUAUGUUUUGUAUUUCAUGAAUGCACGGUACAACCUUCAAAAACACAAACGAGAGGUUUUGAGCAAACUAUUUAAACAGCUUAACAUUUGGUUGGUUUUCAGCCUGAGGGUUGUGAAGCUCAUAAUGUGCAUUUUCGUCUUAGAAAGGUCUCCUGAAGCUGUAUUUUGGGGUGUUUGGCAGCUCUCCUGCUAUGUGUCCAUCUGUUACUGUUGGUCAAUUAUUACUUCUAUUCCGAGACUGUUAUACUCAGCAUACUGUAGUUAUCUACAUUUAUUUACUUCAUUUAAUUUUUGUUUGAAGUGGGAUUCCAACAUUUGGAAUUCGAAAGAUUCUUGUUAAACCAUAUGCCAUGCAAUCUGUUCUAUAUAUAUAUAUAUAGUACAAUUCAUUAGAUUGGUCAUGCACUGGAUUAUUUAUUUGCUAAGCUUGGUAAUGCUUAGUUUGGGCAUAUGAGAAUUGGGAUUUCCUAAUUUUGAGACCUAUAAAUCAAAAGUGAUAUAGGAUUUGCACUUGCAAACAUUAAAACAUGGAGAUUGUAUUGAUUUUUGAAGGAAAUGCUGAUAUCAGUGUACCAAUAUCAACAGAUUUGUUACAGAAUUAAUUCAUCUGUUAUGUUCUGCUAUUGUCCUUAAAUGUGCUUUAGAUUAAAGAUUAGUUUACCCAAAAAAUGAGAAUUCUG